AUGGCUUCCCAGCGAGUUAUAAGCUUACUUAAUUGGUGUAAACAUCACGGAAUUAUUUUAUUCAAUAUUAAUAUUGUUGAUGGCUCGACCGAAUCUCAGGAAGACACAUCUGGUAUCAGUGUUUUUGCGAGUAGUAACCUGAGUCAUUCAGAUCUGGUGGCUAAAAUCCCCAAACACAGCAUUAUAUCGCGAAAAACAUCGCGGCUCUUAUUGGACACACCUCAUUCUGAGGCUAGUAAAGACGAUGUGAUGGAACUCGCGCUUGUAUUGGCUUAUGAGCUGGCGCUCGGUGAACAAUCUGCAUGGGCCGGGUACCUUCAAUCGCUUCCACGUGAACAGGUGCCUGUUGCGGCCCUUUGGGAUGAAAACGAAGACAAGGAUUCUCAGCAUGCAUGGCUGUGGCUUCAGGCCACUGAAACGGCCCGAGAAAUUCAUGAAUUGAGUACUGGAUGCACGAUCUCGCAAACCAUAUCUAAUUUUUACUACCAAGUUGCCAAUCCGACUCUGAACCAAGCAGGUCACAAGGCGACACUUGACGAUUUUCGGCGAGCUUGGUCACUUGUUUCAUCCCGAUCCUUUAGGGUAGACUCUUACCAUGGCCUUGCCAUGGUGCCCAUCGCAGAUGCUUUUAACCACAUCGGAGAAAACCAGGUACAUAUUGAGACUGACUUUGAUGUCUGUCCCAUUUGCGGAUCGCUCCAAUCUUGUCCUCAUGACGAAGAGGAGAUUCAAGGGAGCUCCAAUCUCACUGAAGGAAAAACGGUCCUAGAGAACACUUGCGAUAUGGUUAUGAACGCUCCGGUCUCAACUGGAGACGAAAUAUUCAAUAGUUACGACACGAGCCUGCCCAAUUCGACGCUUCUCGCUCGCUACGGCUUCAUCCUCGAAGGGAACGAGCAUGACUACGUAAGCUGGGAUACCACGCACCUGCCUCCAAGUAUGCAGGGCUGCACUGCUUCACUUUUAGAAGAACUCGCUGGAACCUGGACUGAGGAACUAUUGAAUGCAUCGUCCCUAGUGUACGACUUCCGGAAUCCUUUUGGAUCGUCGGUUCAUACCGACUCCACCCUGUAUGUCCAAGGCCCCGCCCAUCGAGUACCUCGCUACCGGAUCAAUUCAGAUGGGCUUGUCACGAUUGAGCUCUGGGUGACGGCUGCAGUGUGUUCUGUGAAGGCGACAAGUGACAAUGAUUUAGGUUUAAUUUCCAAAUCUUCGCUGGGGCGCCUUGCUACGACACAAGUCGCUGUCGAGAACAAUGAGGAUGUUGAUUUGGACCCCGAUAACUUGGCCACCACAUUGUUGCAAUUACGGAUUCUCGCGAACCUGCUGCAGAACCUGUGUCGAAGUCGCCUAGAGGGAAUGUACAUGCCUGAACUUUCUAUUUCCGAAUGCGGCGACUUGCUAGAUAGCCUGCCGGCCACUAUGGUGCGAUCUCGGAUGGCCGUUUCACAGGCAUUGAGCGAGCGCGCCACGCUGAUCGCUUGUAGAGAUGGGUGGGACGGCUUGAUUGCGAGUCUCGAGGACAUUAGUUUAGAUUGA